AUGAGCUCCACCAUUCAGCCUGACGAAGUCCGAGUCAACCAUGACGCGGCGGCAGCGACUCGAAAGCAGGCUAAUGCCACUGUGGCUCGGUCGAAUGUCGACAAUCUUCGAGAUGACCCUGAAGCUAGGGCAGCGUUCUUGUCAACGUUCUCAGCCGACGAAGAGCGCAGCGUUUUGAACAAGAUCGACAAGAGGUUCUUAAUUAUCAUUGGUUUCAUGUACAUGAUCAAACAGAUUGACCAAAGCAACGCGGCAAAUGUUCGUGUUCUCCAGAUCGGCGAAUCUCGAAACAUCAUGAAGGAGCUUAGUAUGACUUCUGACCAAUACAACUGGGUUGGGUCUAUUUACGGAAUUGCAUAUAUCGUGUUUGAAGCACCAAGCAAUCUUCUUCUUAAGCGCAUGAGUCCGCAUCUGUGGCAAUCUCGCAUCUUCCUUACGUGGGGAAUCAUUACCGCAUGCCAUGCCGCGGCACAGAAUCGGCACCAGCUUUAUGCGAUGCGCUUCUUGCUAGGAAUGUUCGAGGCGGGCAUGUUUCCAGGAGUCAUGGCCCAGCUAUCCAGCUGGUACCGCACCGAUGAAAUCGGCAAGCCCGUGACUUGGUUCUUCGCCACCUCGAAUCUUGCAGGUAUAAUCGGGUCUCUGCUCUGUUAUGGUAUCAGCUACAUGAAUGGCAUCGGUGGUCUUAGCGCCUGGAGAUGGGUAUAUCUACUCGAAGGGCUGGCGACGAUCGUUUUCUCAGGCGCUGUGUUCUGGUACUUACCCGAUUACCCAAAGUCUCCUCGAAGCGAUCGAUGGUUUACCAAACGCGAGCAAGAGUUCAUUGAGGCUCGACUGCCAGAGAACGCGCCGCUCACCAACGAUCCAGACUUCUCCAAAAAGGAGAUCUUUGCGGUGCUGAAGACGCCACUCAUUUGGUCCUUCAUGUUGUCGCAAACAUUGAUCAACAUUGGCGGAUAUGCGCUCACGUGGUAUUUGCCGACGAUUGUCACCAACCUGGGGGUCGUGGGUCUGCCGAAGAACCAGUUGCUCAACAUUCCGCCAGCUGCAGCUGCCAUCCUAGGUCUCAUUUUCUCAGCCUGGUUCAUGUCGAAGGCCUACAUCGUCCGGCCCGCACUUAUCAUGUUCGUAUCCCCCGGAUCACUUCCAGGAUAUCAGAGCUAA